UCUAAGCCUUACAGUUAAAGCAUCGUUGCAUUAGUUUCUACGAUUGACCUUGUUUAUUGAUUGUUUGUUGAGCUACAUAGAGCUGGUUGUUACAAAUUCAAUUGGGGAACAUGGACAAGGCUGUCGUUCAGACAAAGCUUGCAAGAGUGAGAGCGGUAGUUGGCAGAACCGGUUCUCAGGGUCAAUGUACACAGGUCCGUGUGGAAUUUCUGGAUGAUACUAAUAGGACAAUCAUAAGAAACGUGAAAGGCCCCAUUCGAGAAGGCGAUAUUUUAACCUUGUUGGAAACUGAAAGAGAAGCCAGAAGGUUACGUUAAUGUAUUCCAAAUAAAAGAAAAGUAAAAUAUCAAAUCGUCAAGUUGGGAUGAGCUGAUGAUCAAUAAAAUAUAAGCAGGAGGUUUUGCAAAAAAAAAUAAACUAGGAAGCACACUGCAUCCAGAACACAAUGAUAACAGCUUCGAAUAAAAAUGAACGGACAAGAAAUUCAUGUAGGAUUUUGCAUGUGUCACAUAUACGCAAAUCAUUUACAUAUGUGUACAAGGUAGCAAAAAGUCACCUUUGAUGGAAGUAAACUAUAAUGAUGACCAAUAUAUAUGUACAUUACAAGAUUCUACUAUUCUCUUCUUACAUCUCUAUUUUUAUAUUGUGGUUCUCCAUCACUAACUUCCUGUCCAUCUUCAUCCUUUCCACUCGAAUCAAGUUCGUUUACUGGCUCUUCAUCUUCUGGUAUAGGAUCUGAAGACGGUUGAAAAGUAAAAUAUCAAAUCGUCAAGUUGGGAUGAGCUGAUGAUCAAUAAAAUAUAAGCAGGAGGUUUUGCAAAAAAAAAAUAAACUAGGAAGCACACUGCAUCCAGAACACAAUGAUAACAGCUUCGAAUAAAAAUGAACGGACAAGAAAUUCAUGUAGGAUUUUGCAUGUGUCAUAUAUACGCAAAUCAUUUACAUAUGUGUACAAGGUAGCAAAAAGUCACCUUUGAUGGAAGUAAACUAUAAUGAUGACCAAUAUAUAUGUACAUUACAAGAUUCUACUAUUCUCUUCUUACAUCUCUAUUUUUAUAUUGUGGUUCUCCAUCACUAACUUCCUGUCCAUCUUCAUCCUUUCCACUCGAAUCAAGUUCGUUUACUGGCUCUUCAUCUUCUGGUAUAGGAUCUGAAGACGGUUAGUGAGUCAGCAAAGCAGCUAGUUCUCGCUUUGCAUGUUGUUGAUUUAAUUCAAGCAUUUGUUGUAAUGCGUUCUUAAUGACACAGAAAUUGAAUUCUAUCAAAAAUACAGAAUACAAGAGAUCACACUAUUUUGGUUCUUGUUUCAUAUCUACAAACGCUUCCAGAAUUUUUUAAUUUACCAGAGACUUCUGAAAAUGUCAAACCUAUCCUAGAUACUAAUGUUAUAUUAUCCACGACCAUCACUUUUGUUUUUACAUUAGAAUGUAAAUCCGACAAUAUCAUAGAAAGAUGAACAUUCUGAUCCUUAUUUAUUGUAUCUAUUCAAUUUUUACUCAUAGUUGUAAUUUCGUGUUAAGCUUUAUAAUGCCUGUCACAAACGAACAUGUGCACACAGUAUAAAUCAAAGUUUAAG